CUGGAGGCUAAGAUCCUCAGUACCAGUAGCACCAGGCAGUGUCCUCCAGGAGAGUAUUGUCCUACCAGCCAAACCGCAGAAGAUGGGAGCAUUCGCCUUGGAGAUCUUCGGCUUGUCCAUGUGCAUCAUCGGCUGGGUGGGGGUGAUUCUGGCAUGUGCGCUGCCCAUGUGGCAGGUGUCUGCCUUCAUCGCGCAGAACAUCGUGGUGGCACAGUUCACCUGGGAAGGGCUGUGGAUGUCGUGUGUGGUGCAGAGCACCGGGCAGAUGCAGUGUAAGGUCUAUGACUCCAUCCUGGCGCUGGAGCCGGAGCUGCAGGCCGGCAGGGCACUCACUGUCCUGGCAUCUAUCGUGGGGCUCAUCGCCCUUCUGGUCACCAUAGUCGGAGCCCAGUGCACCACCUGCUUCCAGAGCAGCGGCGUCAAGAGUCGCAUCGUGUUUGCCGGGGGAGUGAUGUACAUCGUGACCGGGCUGCUGGUGCUCGUCCCGCUCUGCUGGACGGCCAACAUAGUCAUCAAGGACUUCUUCAACCCCCAGGUGCAUUCCUCCAAGAAGAGGGAGAUGGGGGCAGCUCUGUACGUCGGCUGGGCGGCCACUGCCCUCCUACUCCUCGGCGGGGUCUUAAUCUGCCUGUCGUGCCCCUUGAGAGGGCAGAGGAUCCCGCCAGUCAAGUACUCUGCCUCCCGGAGACCGACCUCCAAUGGAGACUACGAUAAGAAGAACUAUGUGUAAGGACCAAGGGGGGGAUGGACACUAGUCACUCCACAGGGGGGUGCGGGCACAGCCCUGGCACUGCGGGCAGGCACAGGAAGGACUCGUGCAUAGCUACAAGUCACCCUCCGUGCCCCUGGCAUCACCACGACUAGAUGACUGGCAUAGUAUUACUGGAAGUGCAGUCACUGUGUAUGAAUGUGUAGAUAUGUCUUCUGAUGAGGGCUGAAACUAACCACUGGUGCCACCCAUACCCUCAUGCCUGGCAGCUCAGAGGGCUCUUGCCCCCCCAGUAAGAAGAUUGAGCAGGUGAUCGGGCUGAGCGCAUUCUUGUGGGAAGGAGCUGGAUUCCAAGCCCUCUCAGCACCCCCUGCAUGUUCAGCAGCUGGGAGAGGGGGACUUCUUAUAUUUUUGUCUUCUCCUACACAGAUAUUUUCACUUGGUCUAGUACUAAAUGGCAAAGCAGCUGGCAAGGCUGGGUCCUCACCCUGGGGACAAGUCUUUGGAAUCAUAAUGGAGAAAACUUUU